GAUAGUCUUCGUACUACUGCAAUCGUUCUGAGUGGUACUAUAAGAACUCAGUAGCAACAACUGUCAACCCGGGGUCAUCUGUCAACGUCAGUGUUCGCGACGCGAGUGAAAAAAUAGAUUAAUUGAAACAUAUUUAAAUGACAAUUGUUCGUUCCAACGACAAAAUUGUAACCAGUUCCGUACAAUGUGGUUACUUCCGAAGACAAAGUUUACUUUCGAUUAGUGCCUGUUAGUGAAUCGGUUUGUGUUACGAUUUUACUGCGAAAAAAAAAACAAAUUUCGGUUUUCUUUUUUACGUAAGAUGUGAGAAGCAGCCGUGCCAAAUUUUACUUCUAUGACGAAGCUCCCUCUUUCUAUAACAACGGCUGUACAGUUUGAUAAGCCUCGGGGCCAGCCAAGGAUAUUGAAUAAAAGCACGCCUGCUGAGCAUUGGCAACAAUGUUUAGUCUACCAAAGGACACAACAGUUAAUAGUGCAUCUCUGUCGGCCUUCAGGCCAGACCAACUAGUGCGUGAAUCGCAGCCUGGCUGUAAAUUUAUGGCCUCGAAAUAAAGCGAACGCCGGGACAUUCGCCGGUCCUGUGACUGUGAGAAUCGUUUUGUUAUGUAUUUCUUUAUGUAGACUGUUCCAGCACAUAGGGAGGGUAGCUACAUGCUGCUGUGUGCGCUUCGGGUCCAUUAUCAGUUCUACUGCACCGGGCGAAUCUGCAUCCUCAAUACACCGAGACACCGAAGAUGACGUUCGUCAACGGCGAGAGAUGCGUGGCUGCCUUGAUCGUCUCGCGUUCGCUGGUGUUAUCGAAAAAAUAAACAAAAAUACAAACUAGGAACAACCGCAGAAGAAUAUACGUACUGUCGUUUCGCUUUUGUUUAGUACGACCGGGGCAAGGAAGGAAAGGAAAAAAAAGACACUUGGAGUUGAUACUACACACUCUUCUAUACACAAGGCGCAGGAGAGGAGGAGGUUUUACGAAUCCAUCCAUAAACUGUCGAUGGUCAUGCUCCGAGCGCUCUUCACAGUUGUUCAGCGGCGUUGGACGAAUACGGACGCGAGUGAAAGUGAAAUCGCGAGUUUUGCUCAAUUUUUGAAGGGUGGUUUUUCGUGGUGCUGAUAAACUGGUUUUGAUAUUUCGUGUACACAAAUCUAUCGGGCCGUUUAGUUGCCGUUUCUUUUUCCUAGCUGCAGCCGCCGCCGUCGUCGCUUCCGGUCACCGCCAAGCACACUGUCGUGCGUGAAUCAACCAGCAAGUGGAGACGUGCUCAAAUUUCAAAUGUUAUCCAAAGGCAUUAGGAAUCAGUAUUUUGCAACAAUCUGUGCAAAUCUCGCCACACUCAUAUACGGUCUGUCCAUCGGGUGGCUGUCGCCGAAUGUGGGUCUGCUGCAGUCCGAUGCCACGCCCCUCAGUUCCGGCGUAAUCAGCAAAUCCGAGGCAGGCUGGAUUGGCUCCAUCGGCACGGUAGGAUGUGUACUGGCAGUGCUCAUAUGCGGCUGGGUGUCGGAAAUUGCUGGCCGAAAAUCCGCACUCAUGCUGAUCGGUGUGACCCAGCUGGCUAGCUGGGUUGUGGUGAUCUUUGCAAGAGACUUGACGAUGAUCUACACCUUCAGGAUUCUCGGUGGAUUUGCCGGAGGAGGCACUUUUUCCAUCAUACCGCUAUUCGUGUCGGAAAUCUCGGAAGAUAGAAUCCGUGGAACUUUGGGGGCCAUUUUAUCCAUCACUUGCAAUCUUGGUAUAUUGUUAGGAUUUAUUUUAUGUUACUAUUUAGAUUAUUACACCGUUACUUACAUCGCACUGGCGUUCUGCAUUUUAUACUCUGUUGGGUGUAUGUUCCUACCAGAAUCUCCGCAAUAUCUGUUUACCAAGGAAAAGAAAGAUAGAGCGAUAAGGUCCUUGCGCUUCUACCGAGGUGAAGCUAAAAAUGAAUCUUCUAAAUUCAUUUCGGAAGUAGCCAGGUACAAGGAUACGCCCAGCGACGCCACUAAAGGCUCCACCAAAAGAGUGCAGCUACACAUUAAAGAUUUACUAAGCAAACCAACAUUGAAAGGCAUUUUAAUUUGUGUCAUAGUGAUGAUGUUCCAUCCGAUGUCCGGAUCGGUACCAUUGAUCACCUUUACCGAUAGCAUUUUCCGCGACUCCGGUUCCGAUCUUUCACCGGCAACAUGCUCCAUGAUCGUCGCUGCGAUCAACCUGGUGGGAUCGUACGUGUCAUCGGUAACCGUGGAUAAAGCAGGCCGGAAGGUUCUGCUAAUUACCUCUGCAUUGGGUUGUGCAAUCUGCUCCGCUACCAUGGGAACCUAUACAUUCCUAAAUGGAAUCGGAGUUAAUCUAGAAUUCUUCAAAUGGAUCCCGGUGACCACACUGUCCGGUCUGGUAUUCAUCAGUGCCAUCGGAGUUGCCAUUGUUCCGUUUAUCAUAAUGCCGGAGAUUUUAAAUCCGAGAGUGCGUGGGUUCGUCAUUACUUGGUGCCUGCUCGAAUUCCACGCUGUUGCAUUUCUAGUGGUAAAGUUCUUCCCUACAGUCGCUGAGAGAUUUGGUCUCUCCUGGGUAAUGUGGUUCUUCUCGUGCUGCUGCGUAGCAGCGGCCACCUUUGUGAUAUUCUACGUGCCAGAGACGAAAGGUAAAAGCUUCGAAGAAAUCACGGAAUCGCUGGAUUCUGAGAAGAAAACCGUACCAAAGCGAACCUCUAUAGAUGUUUAACAUUGCUAUAACAGUCGAGUCAUACCACAAUAGUAACAAAAUUAAAAAUUAUAAUUAAACAACCUGUAUCAUAUACAACAAACAAUGAAAAACUACGCGCAUGACAAGUUCAAAUGCUAGGGAUAAGUUGUUCGUAAGCUUUAAUUUUAUGUAUAAACUUUAUUACGUUAAUAAAUGUAAGCCAUUUUUAUAA